GUGUGUAACUGGAAGAGCAGCGAGAUCGUCAGAUCAUCACACACAAACACACCUCACUGACGCUUUACCGCCGAGCUCAUAGCGAGGCGGUGUGGCCCUUCACAUGGAAAUGAAGAAGAUGAGAGAGAACAUGGGCUGGUUGUACUACCAGUACCUGCUCAUGACAGGCAUCUAUGUGCUGGAGCCGUGGGAAAAGUCUGUCUUCAACACAGUCCUCUGUACUUUGAUGGCCAUGGUCAUCUACACCACCUAUGUGUUUGUGCCUGUUCACGUGUGUCUGGGGCUGGAGUUCUUCUCUGCGCUGGUCCGAGGACAGCCGGAGAGCACAGUGGCCCUCAUGAACUGAAGAUGAAGGAAAGACAUUUUUUAUUGACCUACGGGUCACUCUUGUAUAUUUUUCUACUCGGGAACAGACAGAUGUAGCCAUGUUCAAGUCUUCUUGAACUCUGCAUGCAAAAGUUUUGGUGAUUGCCAAUACUGAAGAUUUGCAUGAUAUCAUCACAGACACUUUGGCCUGUUGCUACUGUAUGAUUAACGUCCUCUUCAUCACUGGUUGAUAAUAAGCAAAUCAUUAUUUAGACUCUAUAUUAGGAGUCCCUGAUCGGACUGAGAUAUAAUGAUUAUUUGCUCCAGUGCAAAUGAAAACAUAUAAUUAGAACAAAAUCCCCAAAAACAUUUAUUAUUGCAUAUUUUAUAUUUGAAAGUUUUGUAAUCACCUGUGCAAUGUGACUGGUCUAAAUGAAUGUAUAUGCAGGUUUAUUUUUAAAUGCACUUGAUCACAAAUCAGUGGAGGCCAUGUUAAUCGGACCUUUGUUCUGGUGGUGGUGGGAUCUUCUUCCAUCAUUCAGCAGGCUCUGUUUCUGAUGCGCAAAUGCUUGAUAUGCAUAUAAAUAUCUGGAAUUACUGGCAUUCAUGAAUUUAUAGGCACUUGAACAUUUGUUGAUUAAAUACUUUUGGUUAAUGGGUUACAGUUUAUGUUAGGUGUCUAAAACUACUAUGUACUGUUAUGUAGGUACAAUAUGCUUAUUGUGUUGUUGCAUUGCAAAACACUUGUGAUACUAUUAAGGUGUGAUAUGGUUAGGACGGGUUUGGUGCUAUGGGUAGGUUUAGAUGUAAGGGAAGAGCAAUAAGUGCAUUGUAUCAAAUUAAUAAUACAAAUUUAAAAGACCUUACUAUAAAAUGGGAACUGUUUUCAAUAACACACGGAUGUCAUCCCACAGAUUUACUCUCAAAACUAGAACAGAAAAAU